AUGAUCCAGGGGACGGUAACGAUCGGUAUAGGACUCAUUCAAAUACUUAUCCAUUUUGAGGACAGCUGCAUUGAUAGAAGUAUGAGUGAAAGCAGAAGGGAAGUUGGUGAUUGUGGUCAACACCCAACCAAAGAUGAAAAGGCGUACUCCUGUUGUUGA